AUGUCAGACCUCAAAGCAACCGUUUCAGAGACCACAACCAAGUCCGGCCAUGCCGGGUUCCACGUUGAAGGUUAUGAGAAGAUUGAAUAUGACUUCACUUUCAUUGAUGGUGUCUUCAAUAUCGACAAUCCAAAUCUUGCCGAAUGCUAUACGCAUUGGGGAAGAUGCUUAGCCGUCACUGACAUGAACAUUUACAAUGUUUACGGAAAGCAGAUGGAGAAGUACUUUCAGCACUACAACAUCAAGCUGGUAUUCCACAAAACGAAGAUCGGAGAGAAGGCAAAGACCAUUCCUACCUUUUUGAGUAUUGUGGAUUCCAUGACCGAAUUUGGAAUCUAUCGCAAAGAGCCAGUUCUUGUUGUCGGAGGAGGUCUUGUCACUGAUGUUGCCGGAUUUGCUUGCGCAGCAUACAGACGAAACACCAACUUUAUUCGUGUUCCAACCACCGUCAUUGGAUUGAUUGACGCAUCAGUGUCAAUCAAAGUUGCAGUCAACUAUGGCAACUACAAGAACAGACUAGGCGCUUAUCACGCUCCCAUUCAUACAUUCCUUGACUUCACAUUUUUACGAACACUUCCAACUGCGCAGAUCCGUAAUGGUUUUGCCGAAUUGAUCAAGAUUUCAUCCUGCUCUCACCUACCCACUUUCGAUCUAUUAGACAAAUACUGUGAACAGCUCAUUGAGAAUUCUUUCGGUCGAGCUGAUGGCUCUUCCAAGGAAUUGAUUGAUGCCGCAGACACGAUUAACAGAGGGGGUAUCCACGAAAUGUUGAAGUUGGAAACUCCAAACCUUCAUGAGAUUGGUCUGGAUCGUGUAAUUGCCUAUGGGCACACAUGGUCACCUCUUCAUGAGCUUGUUCCGGAAACACCUCUCCGACACGGCCAUGCGAUAUCCAUUGAUAUGGCUUACUCGGCAACUCUUGCCAAUCAACGAAAGCUCUUGAGUGAUGAGGAGCAUCGCCGCAUCUUGAACUUGUUCUCUCGUGCAGGUCUUUCAAUGGAUCAUCAUCAGUUCGAUGAAGAGAUCCUCGAAAAAGCUACUGCUGCUAUUCUCAAGACACGAGAUGGCAAACUCAGAGCCGCUGUUCCAAACCCUCUUGGGUCGUGCACCUUCUUGAAUGAUGUUUCUGCCGAGGAGAUGAACCAGGCUUUACAUCGUCACAAGGAGCUCAUGAAGGAGUAUCCUAGAAACGGAGAAGGGCUCGAGGCAUUUGUUGAUGCCUCUGAUACCGGUUACACCGAGAACGCGAAGAUGGAAGAAGAAAGAAUCAUUGAAAUGGCAGCGAAAAAGGCUGGCCAGAUGAAUGGAACAAAUGGCCAUGCAAAUGGAACCAAUGGACACACCAAUGGAACUAACGGUCAUACCAACGGAACCAACGGACACACCAAUGGAACUAAUGGACAUGCCAAUGGAACCAAUGGUCAUGCUCCUCACACAAAUGGCAAGGCGAAUGGUCUAAUUAAUGGGCAUAGUAAUGGGGCAUUGUCAAAUGGUACGACAGGCAACUACUGA